AGUCAACCUUUCACACGUAGCUAGGACGGGACGACAUAAAGCAACACGGCCAUUCAUUCAGAGCCAUCGUUACCUCGGAGCGUCUGAGAUGACAUUACACUGAAAACAGAGACAACGGGGGCAAGUCGGAUCAGAGGAGCUCCACAGCAACACAGAGAGGAAUGGAGGAGAGUGUAGGGUGAACCUUCCCAGACGGGGUCACACCAAGACCUUAAACGCAGUGGAAGUACAGAGAGUCAAACACGAACACAUGUUGAAGAUAUGAAAGCAAACACGAGACUGAGAUUAUGAGAAGAACCCACAAUGGAAACAAAUCCACUGAAACACUUGUGUCUUUCCUGCAUCACUGCAGCGUUUGUUGUAAGACGUUUAAAAUGCAUUCGUCUUUGAAUGAGAGCGGGGUCAGCGAGGGGUAGAUUUCCAGCGGUCAGCCAAUCAUUCUGAUACUCUGAGGACUCCAUUGAUAAUUGUUUCCUCCAACAAUAGUGGUUGGAAAAAAAAGAAGACGGAAAGUGGGCAAGCUUGGCUUAGACGUUGCCAGGAUGUGCAAACAGUACGCCACGGUGGGCCACGGCGAUGAGACCGCCGCCCUGAGCGUGACCACGGAGAACGGCCGCCAGCACAAGCGUCUCCGCUACGUCCGCAAGGAGGGCGGCUGCAACGUGCUGUUCCGCCACGUGCCCGAGCCCUGGCUGCUCUACGUCACGGACAUCUUCACCACGCUGGUGGAGAUCCGCUGGCGGGUCAUGUUCCUGAUCUUCGCGCUGUCCUACAUCCUGUCCUGGCUGUUCUUCGGCAUCCUAUACUGGGUCAUCGCGCUGGCCAACGGGGACCUGCGCGGGGAGCUCAACGACCCCUGCAUGUACCAGGUGCGCAGCUUCACCGCCGCCUUCCUGUUCAGCCUGGAGACGCAGACCACCAUCGGCUACGGCUUCCGGGGCAUGUCGGAGAACUGCAUGGUGGCCAUCGUGGUGGUGACGGUGCAGGACGUCAUCAGCUGCGUCAUCGACACCUUCGUCAUCGGCAUCGUGGUGGCCAAGAUGGCGUCGGCCCGCAAGCGCGCGCAGACCAUCGGCUUCAGCCACUGCGCCGUGGUCAACCUCACCGACGGCUUCCUGUGCCUGUCCUGGCGCGUGGGCGACUUCCGCCGGAACCACAUGGUGGAGGGCACCACGCGCGCCCAGAUGGUGCGCUCCACGCUGCACGCCACCGGCCGCGUGGACGUGACCUACAAGGACCUGGAGCUGCGGCAGAGCGACAUCAUCCUGGUCACGCCCACGGUCAUCACGCACCGCAUCGACAGCCGCAGCCCUCUGUACGCCAGCACCAUGGAGGACCUGGCCAAGGACGACUUCGAGCUGGUGGUGUCCUUCACCUACACCGAUGACUACACCGGCAUCCUGCACCAGACGCGCACCUCCUACAUCCCGCCGGAGAUCCUGUGGGGGCAGCUGUUCCAGGACAUGAUGCUGGUGACGCGGCGCCACUACCGCGUGGACUACAGCAUGUUCCACCACACGGCGCGCGUGCUGGUGCCCGUCAUCAGCGCCGAGGCCUACGAGCGCAGGAAGCUGCUGCAGCCGUCGCCGCGCCACUCCCCGCGCCGCUCACCGCGCUUCUCGCUGCGCGGGUCCCCCUCGCCGCCGCCCGGCCACUCGCCGCACCACUCGCCACGCCACUCGCCGCGCCACUCGCCACGCCCCUCCCCGCCGCCGGACGGCCGGGGGGCGUGCCUCAAGCCGCCGUCGGUCACCGUGGAGCUGGUGAGGGACGAGGUCUUUGAGGCGGAGCCGGGGGCGGAGCUGGAAAAGACCCUGACCGAGGAGGAGUACCGGCAGCACCACCAGAACACUUUGUGCCCGCCGGCGGAGCUCAGCCACACAUGACCCUGAACUCAGCAGGAGGAGGGAGGAGGAGGAGGGAGGAGCAGCACCCAGGGGGCUGGGAGACAGGGCACCCAGGGGUGCUGGGUGGGAGACAGGGCACCCAGGGGUGCUGGGUGGGAGACAGGGCACCCAGGGGUGCUGGGUGGGAGACAGGGCACCCAGGGGUUCUUCACUGAGAGAUUUAGGAGUUGAAGAGAAGCCAGAAGAGGAAAGUUAGCUAGUUAGAAAAUGUGUAUUAUUUCUAUGUUGUGGGGUUUAUUUUCGAAUAGGCCUAUUUCAUCCCAAAAAAUAAAAGGUUGGUUAGUGUAAAUGUACAACUUGAUUUGUGAAAUGUUUGAAUGUUUUAUGGUGCAGAUUUAAAGUGUAAAUACUGUGUGUGAGCUUGUGUCUGGGUUGCUUUGUAUGAACAACAGGGGGGGCGGGGGGGUUCAAACAUACCCCCACUUAUAGGCCUACCACAGAUACUAAAAGUGAUUAGACUUGUGUUACUCUCAUCUAGAACUUUAUUUUUUUUUUAUUGACUUAAUCUUCUGUAAUUAAAAAUCAGGUCGAUUUGUAUUUGACCAUUGCUGGUAA